AUGCCUGCAUCAGACUCCAAGCGUUGGUCUCCUAUCUCACCAAUGGUUGUCGGUGCCUCUUCAUCCCCCUUCGUGUCUCAUCCUGUUAAGGUUUGCCUCGUGGUGGUUUUGGUUUGCUCGCGUGGAGAGCCAAAAGUGUCAACUAGGGUCUUCUAUGGCAUUCUGUGGUUCCAAUACUUGGACAAGAGGGUUGCGGAAGACAAGUUUUUGGUGGCUGGUGGUGGUGGUGGUUGGCUCCUGGGUUUUCUUGGAGUCAUAUUGAUCUCUUGCUACAUCGGAUCUCUAUUUUCAAUCCUCCUGUUCUUGGCGUUGGGCAUGGCUUGA